UGCAUAUUUCCCAUAGUGUUUAUAAUAAUCUACCAGGGUUUCCGUUUAUAUUAGCUUAAGUGGCUCAGGUCAGUUAUCAGUUAUACGUUAAGUUUGCUAGCUGUGUUUUAUUGAGGCAUUUGAAGUGUUAUUUGAUAUCAGUUACUAUCAGGAAACAGCAUCAACAUGCCGACGGUGAGUCGCGGGUUAUUCAUGAGUCUUUUUCGACGGUCGGCGGCUCUCGAAGAUAUGUCAGAUCGUCUAAACCACGUGUGGACAGUAUGUCUCCUACUGGUUCUCGCCGCCGUGACAAGCUGGAGACAAGCAUACAGUACAACGAUUGAUUGUUUUUGUCCAUCUCAUUUCACUGCUAAUCAAGUGCGAGCGGCUGAGGGUGUUUGCUGGGGUAGCUACGGUAUCAAGUAUACUGAGAUAGAUGAUGAAGUGGUCCCUAUUAACAUUCCAACCAUUGUGAAAGUGCCCCCGAUUUUUCCGAAUUCUGAUUCUGACGACAGCCUCCAAGAUACGCAUACAACGUAUUACCAGUGGGUUCCAAUCAUCUUAGUUUUUCAAGCUCUCCUUUUCAAGCUUCCGAAUAUAGUCAUGUACGUGUGUCAUACGUCCGCUGGUAUCAGUUUUGACAAGAUCGCGGGGAUGUCAAGUGGAUUUGAAAGAAUGAACUCAAACGAUAGAGGACUCCUUGCAAAACAAAUAUCCCGGUAUCUGAUUCGCUGGUGCCGACAAUGCGGAGGCAUACCUUGCCGAUUGCUUACAGUUCUAUGGCUGUUGGUGAAAAUCCUAUUUUGCGUCAACGUAAUUGUUCAGCUUUGUCUUCUUAACGGGUUCCUUACGACAACGUACUCUUCAAAUGGUAACAUAACGUCGUACGGUGACGUAAUUGCAUCUAAUUUGGGAGAGAACAACGCAACGCUCUGGAAAGAGUCCGACGUGUUUCCAAGGGAGGUAAUUUGCCUUUUUUCUCUCCGCCAGCUUCAAAGCGUUCAACAAUACUCAUUGCAAUGCUACUUUCCACUCAAUGCCUUCAAUGAAAACGCUUACCAGCUUCUGUGGGUGUGGCUCGUUUUUGUUGCCGUGGUUACCAAUCUGAGCCUCCUCGUGUGGAUGUUUAGAACAAUUGUACCCAUCUUCCGAAAACGUUACUUGACCAACGCUCUGGAACUAUGCGAGGAGAUCAACUUGAACGAGUACCCGUCGGGAGACAUUGACCGAUUCUGCAGUGUUAUUGGCGAAGAUGGUGUCAUGACCCUCAAGCUUCUAAGCGCAAACAGCUCCGAACUACUUGUUAAAGAUGUCGUCUGCCACAUGUGGAAAAUGCAGAUAAGAGAUCGUGAGGGCUUAGAUCCAGCUAGCGAGCCUGUAUUUGAAAAAAUCUAACGUUCAGAGGAAGUGUGCCGUAUGCUAGUAAUUAUAUUCCCGAAGAUUUUUGUAGUUUAGCAGGUGAAAUACAUUAUCUGUAAAUGUGCUGUUUUUUUCUCAUGGUGGCCUGUAUAUAAACUUUUCGAGUUUGAACGCAGUGAGCAAAUUUUGGGCCUGAUCUUUUUGGAACAUUUUAGACUUUACUUGUGAAUGAAAACAUAUGCAUUAUUGUAAUAUUUAAUCUAAUACAUCGGCGUUAUUGACAGAUAAUCAUGAAUACAAAUACCACACCCUCAAACGAACAUGUACUAUAUUAUGACCAUUGUUUUUAUUAAUGUAUGACGAAGGACCGUGAGGUGAUUUUAUAGUUUGCAGUUUGAAAUUACUGUUAAACUCAAGUAACGUUUUCGUGAAGAAUGUUAUAUUAUGUGUUUCGAAAUACAUAUGACAAAGGGGAAAGUACGAUGCAUUCUUUGAAAUGUCAUUUCUUGUUACACUUGUGAAAUAUCCACACUGGUCGUUAACACACUAUCCCAAGUAUCAGAAGGAAUUCUCUUUCAUCUAUAGAAUAAUUCAUUCUGCUGAAAAUGAACAAAAGUUGCAUGGCGUUCAUAACUUAAUGUAAUUACUCUCUUUGAGCGUUUUAUCCAUUUUUUGUUUGAUACACGGUUUUUGCCGCUGAAUUAUGUCAAUACCAGAUUUAGUGAGUAAUAAACGAACUUUAGAGCGAAGUAUAACCAUUUCACAAGCUUAUUAACAAACGAACGCAGCUAUACUUACCGUGCAGCAAUAUUCGCUACAGCUAAAUUAGUUCCGUGGCAUAAACACUUAUGAAUCUGGAAACUGUUAUGCAAAGCAAACGCAUAUCACACGCAUCAAACGCAUCAAAUAAUUAAGCCAUAUCUUAAAAGUUGAUCUUUCAUAAAAGUCUGACAGGCACAGGUCUGAUAUAUUUUGCAGGCUCACGAAUAUAAAUUAUUAACAAAUAACGAGAUGCACGUUUAGGCAAAAGAAAUUGUUUGGUUAGGGUUACAUCCUUUUCCAAAAUAGGUGGGGUAGGUAGGCUUUUUAUUUUUUUAUUUUUUUUUAAUGCUUUAUGCAAGAGCUUUAUUAUCAUAUUCCGCCGUGGGAACAUUGAUGCCAUACUGUUUAGUAUGUUACUUUAUUGCAAAUAUUGACUGUGGUAAACUAUGCAUUGAUAAUUUCACUGCAAUGCUUGUUUUCAUGCAAUAGUUAAGCUGUACCGUACUUUCCAUGUAACCAUGUUACUCAUCUGUCGUAUAUAGUAAAAUAAAUUAUAUCUUAUAAAAGUGUA